UUUCAGACUCUAAGAUUCUAUCCGGGUAGGGCUAAACUAGAUUAGGAAUGUUAAGCUGGUUUGAUUAUAGGUGUCUGUACUGUUUCUAUUCUUGGGGAGUAUAAUGGUCACUUUCUCACAGUUCUUCGGCAAUCCCAUCAGCUGUAUAGUCGCAGGCGACGUUGUUCCAGUGAGUGUGAUGAAUACCUAUUGCUGGAUACACUCAACAUUUACUUUACCCAAGAUGGAAGUUGGUUACCAGAUGCCUCAUCCUGGUGUAGGAGCAUUACAAGAAGAUACAGAGAGAUAUGAAACCCGAUAUUAUCAAUGGGUUUGCUUUACUCUAUUUUUUCAGGCGUUAUUUUUUCUUGCUCCUUAUCAGCUUUGGAAAUAUUGGGAGGCGGGGAAGGUUUCCCGGCUUAUUCCUCGUGAUUUAACUCAUGCUGUAUCAGAUCCAAGAAUGCCCUUCUUCGCUACUCCUUAUAAUCUGGUUCAGAAGCAGAAACUACAUGCUGGAAUCAGUGAGAUCAAAGAUUAUUUCAAGAACCAGAAUGCCAGGGACUAUAUUGAACAAAGAUACUUCCUCUACAAGUUUACAGUGUGUGAAAUUCUUAACUUCGUCAAUGUUCUUUUCCAGAUAUAUUUCGUCAACUACUUUCUUGGAGGGGUCUUUUCAACUUAUGGAAGUGAUGUGAUCAGCGUGAGUCAGGAAGACCCUGAAUUACGAAAUGAUGCAAUGGACAAAGUUUUUCCGAAGGUUGCCAAGUGUACCUUUGAGAGGUAUGGACCCUCUGGCACUAUUGAGAAUGCUGAUGGACUCUGCCUUCUUCCUCUUAAUAUUCUAAAUGAGAAAAUUUAUAUUGUUCUAUGGUUUUGGUUUAUUGCGUUAGCAACAGUAUCUGGAGUCCAGCUUGUGUGGAGAAUGGGAACCCUGUUUUCUAGAACAGUCAGAACACAUUACCUCAGAAGAAAAUCUUAUCUGAGUGCAUCAGAAAAGGAUGUUACAACUGUCUGUAACAAUAUAACUCUUGGCGAUUGGUUUAUCCUGAUCCUGAUUUCAGAAAAUAUAGAUGCACAGAUUUUUUCUGAACUUGUUAGGAAUAAAUUAUCCUUAUUACUUAAUUAUUAUUCUUAAAAUUAAUAUUUUGUA